UUAAAAAUGGAAUCACACAUUGGAGAAAAUUCAUCAUUACAUCAUGAUGAUCAUCACGAUCAUCACGAUCAUCAUGAUCACCAUGAUCACCAUGAUAAUACAAUACUGUAUAAAAUACUUGCAAUGAUUAUUUUAUCAUCCGUCAGUAUUUUAAUGGGUUUAAUUCCAAUUUUAAAUACAAAAUUUUCAAAUUCCUCUGACAGAUGUUCAAAAAUAAUUAAAAUUUUGAUGGGUUUUGGUGGUGGUGUAUUACUUGCCACCAUAUUCAUUCAUCUUUUACCUGAAGUAACUAAUGAAAUGAUUGAAGCAUUUGAAAAGAACAAAUCAGAUUUUGGAGGACCAGCCGUGGUUUUAAUUAUGUUUUUUGGAUUUUUUAUGAUGUACUUGGUAGAAGAAAUUAUGGAAAUUAUAAUUAAAAAACAACAAAAAAAAGCAGAAAAUGGAUUGAAAAAAAGUUCAAUUCCAAGUAUCAGUACUUUAGUUGGUGAUGUAGAAGAUGUUUGUUCAAAGAGACAUCAUAAAGAUUGUGAAAAUGGUAAUCAUGGUCAUCACGAACAUCAUAGUCAUCAUGGCCACCAUGGUCACCAUAGCCAUCAUGGUCAUUCUCACAUUCCAGCUGUAAUACUAGAAAACAGUAAAAAUUCAUUGGCUGGAUUGUUGAAAGGUUUUUUUAUAAUUUUGGGAAUAUCAACACAUGAAUUAUUUGAAGGUCUUGCAUUAGGAUUCAUGACACAUCAAAAUGAUGUUUUACAAAUGUUUUUAGCUGUUGCAAUUCAUAAAUUUGUCAUUGCAUUUUGCAUUGGAGUACAGCUACGUACUUACAACAUCAAAUCCAUAUUCAGUAUUAUUUACAUUACCAUAUUUGCAAUUGUUUCACCAAUUGGAAUUGGAAUUGGACUUGUGAUUAUAGAAGUUAAUCAAGAAAAUUCAAAUGACACCAGUAUUGUUCCAAUUGUUCUUCAGGCAAUUGCAACUGGUACACUUCUUUAUGUAGUAUUCUUUGAAAUAUUGCAAGACAAUCGUCGUGGAAUCAUACAAUUUCUUUCAAUUUUCAUCGGAUUUAUUUUGAUAGCUGUUAUUCAAUUAUACACUGGACAUCAUCACCAUCAUCAUCAUGGCGAUGGACAUGAUCACCAUCAUCAUCAUGGCGAUGGACAUGAUCACCAUCAUUAGUAUUUUAAUAUUUCUCUAUCUUAAUUAUACAUUAUAAUACCUGAAAUAUUACUCUAAAAAUUUUAUUAAUU